AUGGAUACCAAGGGCUGUACAACAACCAAUUCUCCUUCAACCCCAUGUCAAAACUGCUCUAGGAUUACAAAUGUUAGUACCAUCUCUUCGAACAACUGCUGCCAUCCUGGUGGCCUUAAAGUCAAGAACUGUCAACCAGCUGGCCACACUCUCAGAACUACCCGGGACCAGGGCUGCCAACCCACUCCUUGCUUUUGUCGCAAACCCAUCUACCUAAUAAACAACUUCAUCGUGCGUUCCUCUCUAGAUGACUGUAGCUGGUAUGGUGAAGGCAUCAACAGUAAUGAGAAGGAGACCAUGCAAAUCUUGAACGAGCGUCUUGCUAACUACCUGGAAAAGGUGCGAAUGCUAGAACGAGAGAAUGCUGAAUUGGAAUCUAAAAUCCAGGAAGAGAACAACAAAGAGCUCCCUGUUCUAUGUCCUGAUUACCUGUCUUAUUACACUACCAUUGAGGAGCUCCAGCAGAAGAUCUUGUGUACCAAGGCUGAGAAUUCCAGACUGGUCUCGCAAAUUGACAACACCAAACUGACUGCAGAUGACUUGAGAGCCAAGUAUGAGGCUGAGGUGUCUCUCCGCCAGCUGGUAGAGGCAGAUGCCAAUGGCCUCAAGCAGAUCCUGAAUGUGCUGACCCUGGGCAAGGCCGACCUGGAGGCACAAGUCCAGUCUCUGAAAGAGGAGCUCAUUUGCCUCAAGAACAACCACAAAGAGGAAAUCAAUUCUUUACAGUGUCAGCUUGGGGAGAGACUUCACAUUGAAGUGACUGCUGCCCCUUCUGUUGACCUAAACCAGGUUCUACAAGAAAUGAGAUGUCAAUAUGAGUCCAUCAUGGAGACAAAUCGCAAAGAUGCGGAACAAUGGUUCAACACACAGAUAGAGGAGCUGAAUCAACAAGUGGUGACCAGCUCUCAACAGCAGCAAUGCUGCCAAAAGGAGAUCAUAGAACUGAGACGCACUGUGAACACUCUGGAGGUUGAACUGCAGGCCCAGCAUCGAAUGAGAGAUUCCCAAGAGUGCAUCCUGACGGAGACGGAGGCUCGCUACACAACCCUGCUGACCCAGAUCCAGAGUCUGAUUGAUAACCUGGAGGCUCAGCUGGCAGAGAUCCGGUGUGCCCUGGAAAGACAGAACCAAGAGUACGAGAUCCUGCUGGACGUCAAGUCCCGGCUGGAGUGUGAGAUUACCACAUACCGCAGCCUUCUGGAGAGCUGGGAUGGCAAGCGUCCCUGUUACCCGUGUGCCACCAAAUGUGAGCCUUCCCCUUGGACAUCUUAUAAGUCCGGAGCCAUGGAAUGCACGGCCCCAGUUUGCACAUCCUCAGCCCCCUGUGGCUUAAAGGAGCACUGCAGUGCCUGUGGACCCCUGUCCCGGAUACUGGUUAAAAUUUGCACCAUCACCAAGGAGAUUAAGGAUGGGAAGGUCAUUUCUUCUUACGAGCAUGUGCAGCCUUGUUUCAUCAUCAGACCUGCCAAAGUCUAACAUCCCAAUGAUGAAAAUGACCCACAUUUAUGAAAGAGAGGCCAAUACAUGCUCCUGCCAGAGAGGUUUAAGAAAACUCCCCAGUCCCUUAAGGUACUUAGUUUCUUACUACUUACCUAUUGCUAGGUAGAAUAUCUUUUAUUCUGCUCCUUCCCUAGCUCACCACUGCUAACAUGAUAAUAAAUUACAUUUCUCUGGAAGGACAUUUUGCAUUUAUCUGAGGGCUGGGAACUGAUUUGUAAGCACCCAGGAAGACGGCCUACAUUGCUUGACUUUACAGGUGAUUGAUGGGCAGGCCUCUCUCUUGUUUACUCAGGCCUUGUUUACUGACAUUCCUCCUUAGAGCCAGUCAGACAAGUUUAGAGUUGUUUUUGGCCACCGGCACCUGAAGGUGAAAAGUUACAACCUUCCCUUCUAAAUUUCUUUGGAUACAGAAAGAAACAUACAUGGGAACAGUAUAAAUAGGGGGAAAGAUCUUUAAUAUUUAAUUCCCUUGUGUAGAUAGUCACGAGUAUGGAUCCUAUUAAACCCUGCUGUCUUAAUUAUGAUUUAUCUACACUAACAUACCUGACCUUUCCAAAGAUAUUUUUUAAAUGUCCAUGGUCUCCGAAACUUUGUGACCUAUUAGGCUCUCCAAAUAUUUUAUUUGAGAGUCAGAUAAGUUGUGGGGAGUGAAUCUAGAACACUUUGAAGAAAUAGCAUGGGUCUUUUCAUUAAACAUUUGCUAUUUCUCUUUCUAUUCUUUAGGGAAUGGGAGUUUGUUCUGAUUGUUUGACAAGGAACAUUUAGCUGGAACUCUCAAGAAAUAACCCUUCUUCCCCUCCCUGUGAAGAGUGACAAAGAAAAACAUAGCUUAGAUUCCUGCUUCAAUCUGUCCGUCAGAGUAAAUGGACAUAAUAUCCACACAUUUUGCAGAAAAGCAAUAGUGAAUAGUUGCUGCUUGUAAGCGCAAGGCAGUCCCAAUGUGAGAAGGCAUCAGUUACAUACCAGCCAUCAUCACAGCUUCUGGCAGGAUAGUCACAGAAUAUGUAAGUCAUUCCCGACAAUAAUCAUGGACAUUGCCAGAGGUUUUAAGAAAUAAUUCAGAAUCAAACACAGAUGGAAAGUCAAAAGGCCCGAAGUUCUACACCUGCAUUUCCCAGCUGUGACCUUGGGGAAAACAUUUAGACUUCAUCAAAUUUAAUUUCUGUAUUUGUUAAAUGAGGAUCAUGCCUACUUCACAGGGUUGUUGUGAAGAUCAAAUGAAAUUGUUUAUGUGACACUUCUUUGAAUGCUGAAAAGCACCACCCAAUGUGAUUUUUAUGUAAGUUUUGCUUUUAGCUACAGCCCUAGACCUAUUUUUGUAAUUAUCUCAUUUUAAAAUUCUUUCUUCAUGAAUUUAGUUAUCCAGUCAUGAUUCUGGAGUUUUAAUAGUGUUUAACUUUUGGGAGGAAAAAAAAAAAAACACCAUGAUUUCCUGUGAUCAGGCCC